GUGGAAGGGGUUGGUCGUGCUAUUUCCCGCCAAUUCAAAGCCCUAACAUGGAACCCUAAGAGUAGGGGCGGUUGCGUGAGUCAGGAAGAGGGGUGAAGUACUUGCGACUAUUUUUAGUUUCUUCAGUUGCAGGAAAGAUAUUACUUCCUGACUCAGACACUCGCAGAAACAUGUGGAAUGAUAUUGAGCUGUUAACAAGUGAUGAUACAGGAAGUGGAUACCUGAAUGUUGGUUCAAGAAAAGAAAAUGGGACUGCAUUGUACCAAGUAGAUUUGCUUGCGAAGAUCUCCUCUGAAAAGGCCUCGGUGAGUCCUAAGAUACAAGCAUGCAGCUUAAGUGAUGGGUUUAUAAUUGUGGCAGACCAGUCAGUGAUACUGCUUGAUAGUAUAUGCAAAUCACUUCAACUGCAUCUUUUAUUUGAUACCGAAGUGGAUGUAGUUGGCCUUUGUCAAGAAGGAAAAUUUCUUUUGGUUGGGGAGAGAAGUGGCAAUUUGCAUCUUAUUCAUGUAACGUCAAAGCGAACAUUAUUCACUAAUGCUUUUGUUGAGAAAGCUAAUGAUGAAUAUCAGUGCACGUACCGGAAUCUCAUUAUUGAGAAAGAUGGUUCUAAUGAAGCAAUUGAGAACAUAGACUUGGAUUCAGCCAAGAAGUUACAAGGACAAUUCAAGUGUAACUUUAUUUCUACUGAAAAUUAUCAUAGCCUUGGUUGUCUCAGUCUUGUGGCUGGAGAAUUUGCAAGUGAUACUCCUGUGAUAAUUGGGGGAACUGGUAGUUGUGCAUUCUCAAAAUGGGAACCAGAUUUUACCAAGAAAGAAAUGACAGUUAAGAAUCUUGUUGAUGCAGAGAUUAUUAAAGGUGCAAAGAAGUUUUAUCUGAUAGACAAUCUACUUUUUGUUCUUGAUACUGAUAACGUGCUAAGCCUGUGGGAUGUUUACGCGCUCACGCCCAUCUGGAACUGGCCUCUUCACAUAGAGGAGUUUCUUCUUACUACAGAAGCAGAUUCUCCCUCAUCAGUUACCUGGCAAGGGAUCACAAAUCUCAAAUUAGUAGCUCUGACAACUACAACCGAUAAGAAGAUGAGAAACCUGAUGGUUUAUUUAUUACCUACAAUGGAAAUACUAUAUUCUUUGGAAGUAUCCAGUGUUUCUUCUCUGGUUCAAACAGGAAUUAGCACAGAUACUAUAUACCUUCUGGAAGGAAUUUACAAAAAUGGUCCUGACCUGUCUGAAGAUUCUGUCUCUGUCUUAGUACUUAGGUACCUUACAGAGGCUUUACCAGAAAACAGAUUGAGUCGGCUACUUCAUAAGCACAGGUUUACUGAAGCUGAGAGCUUUGCUAUUCGGUUUGGACUAGAUGUUGAGCUUGUUUACAAGGUUAAAUCAAAUGAUAUAUUGGAGAAACUGGCUUUGAUUUCUGAGAACACCAGUGAGCAAACCAAAUGGCAGCAACUGGUAGAGGAAGCCAAGGAAAAUCUACAUAAAAUCCAGGAUAAUGAAUUUGUGGUGAAUUACUGCUUGAAGGCCCAGUGGAUAACCUACAAGACCACCCAGGAAAUGCUCAAUUAUGCCAAAACCAGGCUUUUGAAGAAGGAAGAUAAAAUUCUGCCUGCCUAUUCUGAUGGCUUGAUGGAGGUGCUACGGGCUCAUGCAAAGUUGACUACAUUUUAUGGAGCAUUUGGAUCAGAAAAUUUCAGUGGUAGUUCUUGGAUUGAAUUCCUGAAUAAUGAAGAUGAUCUUAGAGAUAUUUUUUUCCAGCUAAAGGAAGGAAACCUUGUUUGUGCUCAGUAUCUUUGGCUUAGAUGUCGGGCAAACUUUGAAAGAAGGUUUGAUGUGAAAAUGCUUGAGAACUUGCUCAACUCAAUUUCUACACCAGUCUCUUUGCAAAGACUUUGUCUGUGGUUUAAAAAUGACGUGAUCCCAUUUGUGAGAAGGGUUGUGCCUGAAGGACAGAACAUUCUUGCAAAAUGGUUGGAGCAAGCAGCCAGGAACCUAGAGUUAACUGAUAAGGCAAACUGGCCAGAGAAUGGACUUCAACUGGCAGAGAUAUUUUUCACAGCAGAAAAAAAAGAUGAGUUGGGAUUUGCAUCCUCUUGGCACUGGCUUUCCCUGAAGGAUUAUCAAAACACAGAGGAAGUACAGCAGUUACAGACACUGGUAAAUAACCUGAAGGAGCUGCUCAUGUUGCAUAGGAAAUACAACUGCAAAUUGGCCCUCUCUGAUUUUGAGAAGGAAAAUACAACUAGCAUAGUGUUCCGAAUGUUUGACAGAGUCUUGGCCCCGGAGCUUAUUCCCUCUGUCUUAGAGAAGUGCAUAAGAGUUUACAUGCGGGAACAUAACUUGCAAGAGGAGGAACUUCUCUUGCUUUAUAUAGAGGAUUUACUGAAGAGAUGUAGUUCAAAGUCAACGUCACUUUUUGACACAGCAUGGGAAGCAAAGGCCAUGGCAGUGAUAGGUUGUUUGUCUGACACAGAUCUCAUCUUUGAUGCCGUACUUAAGAUAAUGUACAAGGCAGUGGUUCCCUGGAGUGCAGCUGUAGAACAGCUGGUGAAACAGCACUUAGAAAUGGACCAUCCCAAAGUCAAGUUAUUACAGGAAAGUUACAAACUAAUGGAAAUGAAAAAACUUCUGCGAGGCUAUGGAAUAAGAGAGGUGAAUCUCUUAAACAAGGAAAUAAUGAGGGUCGUCCGAUAUAUUCUUAAACAAGAUAUCCCAUCUUCUUUAGAAGAUGCUCUAAAGGUGGCCCAAGGAUAUAUGCUGUCUGAUGAUGAAAUUUACAGUUUAAGAAUUAUUGACCUGAUUGACAGAGAACAGGGGGAAGAGUGUCUCCUGCUACUGAGAUCUCUGCCUCCCACUGAAGCUGAGAAAACUGCAGAAAGAGUUGUCAUUUGGGCUCGACUGGCACUGCAAGAAGAACCAGACAAUUCUACAGAGGACAAGGCCUGGAGAAUAUCUGUGGCAAAGAUAUCAGUGGAUAUUCUUAAAAUGCUGUGCGACAUUCAAAAAGACAAUCUACAGAGGAAAGUUGAAUGUGAAGAAAUCUUGAAACUAUUUCAAGUGGUUGCUAGUUUACAGGAAAAUUUUGAGGUGUUUCUUCCGUUUGAAGAUUACAGCAACAGCGCUCUGGUAACAGGUCUUCGAGAACAGUACCUUAAAGAACAUGAAGCUGCACAGGCUCAGCAUAAACCCAGGAGCACCUCAGGGCCCUCCCAGGCCAAGGGGACAGACCUGAGCACCAAGUUAAGGCUACACCAGCAAGCAGUGGCCCUGCAGCUGUCUAUUCAAGAGCUGGAGGCUGAGCUGGCCUUGAGAGCUUUAAAAGAUGGGAAGGUGGGAACAGCACUGAACAAAUGCAGAUACUUGUUUAAAUAUCACUGCAAUGCCGACACUGGGAGAUUGCUGUUUUUGGUGUGUCAGAAGCUUUGUCAGAUGUUGGCUAACAAUGUCCCGAUGACCACACCAGUGGGACUACAUUUGCCUUCUGAGAUACAUGAGCUUGCAUGCCAAGCUGCCACCAUCUGCAGUCCAGAUUUUUUACUAGAUGCUUUGGAACUAAGUAAAUACACUUUAGCUGCUGUGGAGCUUUCUAGACAAUGCCAGAUGGAUGACUGUGGAAUUCUAAUGAAAACCUCUUUUGGAACUCAUAAGGAUCCAUAUGAACAGUGGUCUUACAGUGACUUCUUCAGUGAAGAUGGAAUUGUUCUUGAAUCACAGGUGGUGCUACCAGUUAUUUAUGAGCUAAUUUCAUCACUGGUGCCCCGGGCAGAAAGCAAAAGACAUCCUUUGGAUUCUACAAGUUUGCCAUACUGUUCCAUUAAUGAAGGAGACAACCUUGUUCUACCCAUUAUAAGUUCCAUCUCUGCUCUGCUUCAGAACCUUCAGGAAUCUAGCCAGUGGGAGCUAGCCCUCAGAUUUGUAGUUGGUUCCUUUGGUACCUGUCUCCAGCACUCCAUGUCAAACUGCAUGGAUGUCACUUUGAGUGAAAAGUUGCUUGGUGAGACCACCUUGGUUAAUUCAAGGAAUAUUAUUAUGGAACUGAAAGGAAAAUCCAUUAUGUUUAUCAGAGGAAAUGCCACAACGCUUUUGCAUAAGGUAUUUAAUUGUCGCCUGGUGGAUCUGGACCUGGCCUUGGGUUACUGUACUCUAUUACCUCAGAAAGAUGUGUUUGAAAACCUCUGGAAGCUCAUAGAUAAAGCAUGGCAGAAUUAUGACAAAAUCCUGGCAUUAUCUUUGGUGGGCUGUCAGCUGGCAAAUCUCUAUCAGGAGACUGAAACAGGGCUUCGAUUCCAUGAACUCAGUAUUGAUGCCCAGUGGGGUAUUCGGCUUGGUAAACUUGGUAUUUCUUUUCAGCCUGCUUUUAGGCAAAAUUUCCUCACCAAGAAAGAUCUCAUUAAAGCUCUUGUGAAUAACAUAGACAUGGACACAAGCCUCAUUCUAGAAUAUUGCAGCACAUUUCAGCUGGACUGUGAUGCAGCGCUUCAGCUGUUCAUUGAAACCCUACUCCACAACACUAAUAACCAGAGCCAGGGAGAUGCUACCCUGGUGUCUGCAAAGCAGCCACAUUCCAAACUCUUGGCCAAAGCCAUUGAGAUGGUUCCUUUAUUGACGAGCACAAAGGAUCUGGUCAUCAGUCUUAGUGGAAUACUCUGUAAGUUGGACCCCUAUGAUUAUGAAAUGAUUGAAGUUGUCCUGAAAGUUAUAGAAAGAGCUGAUGAAAAGAUAACCAGUGUUAAUAUCAAUCAGGCUUUGAAUCUUCUGAAACAUUUGAAGUCAUACAAAAGAAUUUCCCCUCCAGUGGAUCUAGAAUAUCAAUAUAUGUUGGAGCAUGUAAUAACUCUCCCAUCAGCUGCCCAGACCAGACUUCCUUUUCACCUAAUAUUAUUUGGCACAGCACAGAACUUCUGGAAAAUUCUCUCCUCAGAGCUCAGUGAAGAGUCGCUUCCAACCCUGCUCUUAAUCUCUAAAUUGAUGAAGUUCUCUCUAGAUACCCUCUAUGUGUCUACAGCCAAGCAUGUUUUUGAGAAAAACCUGAAGCCAAAGCUCCUGAAGUUAGCACAAGCCAAGUACUCAGCUCUGCUGGAUAAGGAAGUGGCUAAGCUCACACAGACCAUCGAGUCUUACCUCCUGUCUAUAGUCAACCCGGAGUGGGCCGUUGCCAUUGCCAUCAGUCUCACCCAGGAAAUCCCAGAAGGCCCCUUCAAGAUGACUAGUUUGAAAUUCUGCUUGUAUUUAGCUGAGAGAUGGCUCCAAAACAUCCCAUCUCAAGAUGAAACAUGUGAAAAAGCCCAGGCUUUGCUGAAGAAGCUUCAUCUCCAGUUCUGGCGCUCUGGCACAGAAGCUGUGCUCAUAGCCCACAAGUUGAACACUCCAGAAUAUUUAAGAGUGAUAGGCAAGCCGGCACAUCUCAUCGUCAGCCUCUAUGAACAUCCCAGCAUCAACGAAAGAAUACAGAAUGUGUCUGGAAAAGAUUAUCCUGAUAUUCACACAGCAGCUAAAGAAAUAGCUGAAGUUAAUGAAAUUAAUUUGGAAAAAAUCUGGGACAUGUUGUUGGAAAAAUGGCUGUGCCCCUUGACAGUGCCCGGUGAGAAAGCAUCAGAACUAUUUGAACUUCAAGAAGAUGAAGCACUGCGAAGAGUCCUUUAUCUCCUUCAGUCUCGGCCAAUCGAUUAUAGCUCAAGAAUGCUGUUUGUAUUUGCCACCUCAGCUACAACUACCUUGGGCAUGCGCCAGUUAACUUUUGCCCACAAAGCACGAGCUCUUCAGUGUCUCCUCUAUUUGGCUGACAAGGAAACUCUAGAAUCUCUCUUCAAAAAGCCCAUUGAAGAAGUAAAAUCCUACUUGAAAUGUGUGACUUUCCUAGCAUCAUUUGAGACAUUGAAUAUUCCCAUCACAUAUGAAUUAUUUUGCAACAGUCCUAAAGAAGGAAUGAUUAAAGGAUUGUGGAAAAACCACAGCCACGAGCCUAUGGCAGUAAGACUGGUAGCAGAGCUUUGUUUAGAAUACAAAAUCCAUGACUUGCAGCUUUGGAAUGGACUCUUGCAAAAGCUUCUUGGCUUCAACAUGAUUCCUUAUCUAAGGAAAGUUUUAACAGCCAUUUCUAGUGUCCAUUCAUUAUGGCAGGCGCCCUACUUCAGCAAAGCUUGGCAGCAUGUGAUCCAGAUCCCUCUGCUCUCAGCCUCCUGUCCUUUAAUGCCCAGUCAGUUAUCAGAUUGUUGUGAGAGUCUCAUCGCUGUCCUAGAAUGUCCGGUUUCGGAUGAUCUCGAUAUGAUGGGAGUCGCCAGGCAGUAUGUCCAGUUAGAGCUUCCGGCUUUUGCACUGGCUUGUCUGAUGCUCAUGCCCCACUCUGAAAAAAGACACCAGCAAAUUAAGAAUUUUCUGGAUUCAUGUAAUGCUCAGGUCAUUUUACAGCAAUUAGAAGAGCAUAUGAAUUCUGGCCAACUAGCAGGAUUUUCACAUCAGAUUAGAAGUCUGAUUCUGAAUAAUAUCAUAAAUAAGAAGGAAUUUGGGAUUUUGGCCAAGACAAAGUACUUUCAAGUGCUGAAAUUACAUAUGAUAAAUACCAACAAUAUCACUGAACUGGUAAACUAUUUGGCAAAUGACUUAAGUUUAGAUGAAGCCUCGGCCUUGAUAACUGAAUAUUCAAAGCAUUGUGGGAAGCCUGUGCCACCAGAUGCAGCUCCUUGUGAAAUCCUAAAGACAUUUUUGGUGGAUCAUAGUAAAUGGAGUGAUUUUUCAAAAACAAGAAGUUUGGAGUCUGCUAGUAAUACUUAAUAACAGUUUAUAAAUUGUGUAAUCUGUAUUUUAUACCUAUUUGUAAAAUAUCCCUCAAGAAAUAACUAAAGCCUUCAAUAUUAGCAUAAUUAUGUUUAAAGAAUUGUCCUGAAUUAAUAAAUAUUUUAAAUGUCA